GGCUAACUUGACGCCAAAAAUCUCUGGUUAGCAUUUUUAGGCUAUGAGGUUAGCAGGCGAGCUGUGUCUCUGCUGUGUGUUGCGAUGGCAGCUGAACCUAAAUAUUAGCACUAAUGCUAAAGUAAAACAAUGCAGAGUGAUUCAUUAAUCCGCUAAUAGUUCACUUUAAGGGCCGUGCUAAUUAUUAGCCAGCUAUCGGCUAGGUGUUAGCAUCGCUCCCAACAACAGCAACAACAACAACAACAGUAGCAGCUAGCUGUCAACAGUUUCACCGCAGAAACGUCCUUUUAAAAUAAAUCCAGAUGGAAACAAACGCGCCGAAGCGAAGAGACAAUAAGAAAUCGCUGCGUGUGAAAGUGAUCAGCCUCGGAAAUGCCGAGGUCGGAAAGAGCUGCAUUAUCAAACGCUACUGUGAGAAGAGGUUUGUUCCCAAGUAUUUGGCCACUAUUGGCAUCGACUAUGGCGUCACCAAAGUGCAGGUUCGCGAUAGAGAAAUCAAAGUGAACAUCUUCGACAUGGCCGGUCAUCCUUUCUUCUACGAAGUGCGUAAUGAGUUCUAUAAGGACAGUCAGGGGGUGCUGCUGGUUUAUGACGUCGGCCUCAGGGAGAGUUUCGACGCCCUCGACAGCUGGCUCGGCGAGAUGAAACAGGAAAUGGGCUCUCAGGCCAACAUGGACAGCAUUGUGUUCAUCGUCUGCGCCAACAAGGUGGACCUGACAAAGCGGCGGGUGGUGGACGAGGGGGAGGGGCGUCUGUGGGCUGAGUCCAGAGGUUUUCAUUACUUCGAAACGUCGGCGCAGAGCGGAGAGGGCAUCAACGAGAUGUUUCAGGCGUUCUUCUCGUCCAUCACCGACAUGUGUGAGAACGGCGGGAAGCGCCCGGUGUCUGAGGUCAGCGUCGGCUUCACCAAAGAGCAGGCGGACACCAUCCGACGCAUCCGAAACAGCAAGGACUCCUGGGAUAUGCUGGGCGUCAAACCUGGUGCCACGCGGGAGGAGGUGAACAAGGCGUACAGGAAGUUGGCAGUCCUGCUGCACCCGGACAAAUGCGUGGCACCCGGCAGCGAAGACGCCUUUAAGGCCGUGGUGAACGCCCGCACUUCACUGCUGAAGAACAUUAAAUAACACAAACACACACCACUGAAAGCUCGCAGAGAGUUUGGACCUCACUCAGACACGGACUGAAGAAUCACAUGAACAGUGUUUAUUUAUUGGAAUAUUUAUUUAACGUAAAGGUCUUGUGUGCCAUGUUGCUCGCCACAGUGCUGUAUGCCAACCCAACGCGUGGUUCAUGACCAGUUUUAACUUAUUUACUACGUUUUAUCUAUAAACCGGUGUGUGUGUGUAUGUGUUAAUGUGAGAGAAAGUAUGGAAGGUGAUUAGGGCCACACGGAGGAAAAAUUUAGUUCUGAGAUUAAAGUCAGAAUUUUAACAUUUGUUAUGAUUAUUGUGAGGAACAAAUGUUUAAAUUUUAAAAGAAGUUGUAAAUCUAAGGCUAAACUUAGAUUUAUUUAUUCAAAUCAGAUCUUUUAUGUUUAAAUUCAAAAAAUUCUGAGGAAAAAUGUUCAAAUUUAUUCUUAGGACAAGUUUUGAUUAAAGUCAGAACUUUUGGUUUGAAGUCAAACUUUUAAAUUAAACUCACAUUGUGAGAUAAAGAUAAGAAUUAAUAGAAUUCAGAGAACAUAAAAUCAAUAAUAGGAAGAAAUGAUUUUCAAAUUGUCAAAAGCCAAAAGAAGUUGUAAUUGUGACAAUAUAGUUAGGAAAUUAAAGUCAGACUUUUUAGAUUAAAGAAGUCAAACUUUUAAAUUAAACUCACAUUGUGAGAUAAAGAUAAGAAUUAAUAGAAUUCAGAGAACAUAAAAUCAAUAAUAGGAAGAAAUGAUUUUCAAAUUGUCAAAAGCCAAAAGAAGUUGUAAUUGUGACAAUAUAGUUAGGAAAUUAAAGUCAGACUUUUUAGAUUAAAGAAGUCAAACUUUUAAAUUAAACUCACAUUGUGAGAUAAAGAUAAGAAUUAAUAGAAUUCAGAGAACAUAAAAUCAAUAAUAGGAAGAAAUGAUUUUCAAAUUGUCAAAAGCCAAAAGAAGUUGUAAUUGUGACAAUAUAGUUAGGAAAUUAAAGUCAGACUUUUUAGAUUAAAGAAGUCAAACUUUUAAAUUAAACUCACAUUGUGAGAUAAAGAUAAGAAUUAAUAGAAUUCAGAGAACAUAAAAUCAAUAAUAGGAAGAAAUGAUUUUCAAAUUGUCAAAAGCCAAAAGAAGUUGUAAUUGUGACAAUAUAGUUAGGAAAUUAAAGUCAGACUUUUUAGAUUAAAGAAGUCAAACUUUUAAAUUAAACUCACAUUGUGAGAUAAAGAUAAGAAUUAAUAGAAUUCAGAGAACAUAAAAUCAAUAAUAGGAAGAAAUGAUUUUCAAAUUGUCAAAAGCCAAAAGAAGUUGUAAUUGUGACAAUAUAGUUAGGAAAUUAAAGUCAGACUUUUUAGA